AAUCAACAGACGGCAGCAAAAUAGUAACAAAGUUGGAAGUUGUCAUGCGUGCGUGCCGACAACUACGCAACUUAUCGCUUUUGUAAAAUUUCCCCCCAUUACCUUCGACAUUUGUGAUUCCCACUAGAACAACCAUAUGGGAUAGCUUCCAAGCGUGUAAAAAAUCGUUCGUGUAGUGUUCGAGGAAAUUGUGUUUUGCCAAUAACAUCAGAUCGUCUCCCGGGUCCAACUCGAUCUCGUCGCCGAAGACGAUAAUAACGACAGCACAUCAACUGCAACUCAUGCAAAAAUGUCAACACCAAAGUAUGAAAGACUGCCAACGGACACGUCGGGAAACAGUCAUAUUCGAGACGAGGAUCAAGUAGAGUUGGAGAACGUGAUGCGCAUCGACACCAUCCCGAAGCGAUCGCCGCUGUCGAAAGUGGUCCUGCAUAUGGCAAUUGGGAGCCUGGGACUCAUUGUCUUGUACCUGUCGCUGUCCAUCUGCCUCACCUUCUACCAGUCAUGGCUUAUCAAGCGUUACAAAUUUCCGCUAACAAUAGUUCUCUACCAUCUAAUCAUCAAAUUGAUGUUCUCGACGCUUUUACGUUACAUCUACAGAGUAGCUACUGGAAAAUCGCGCGUUCUACUUGAUUGGCGGACAUCAUUCAAAAAAAUAUCACCGACUGGUAUCGCUAGCGGCAUUGAUAUUGGUUUCUCCAAUUGGGGACUGGAACUAGUUAAAAUUUCACUUUAUACUAUGACCAAAUCAAGUACAAUUAUUUUUAUACUGUUUUUCGCCAUUCUACUUGGAUUAGAAAAGAAGAGUUGGUCACUUGUCGCCAUUGUGGCUAUGAUUGCCACUGGAUUAUUUAUGUUUACUUACAAGUCAACGGAAUUUGAUGUAUUCGGUUUUGCAUUCUUAUUGUUCGCCUCAUUCACGAGUGGUAUUCGUUGGAGUUUUGCUCAGUUAAUUAUGCAGAAAUCGAAACUGGGACUACAUAAUCCAAUCGAUAUGAUUUUCCACAUGCAACCAUGGAUGAUUAUCUCAAUAAUUCCAUUCACUAUUGGUUUUGAAGGUAAACAAGCAAUUGAUUUGCUACAACAAAUCAGUACUGUUCCGUACACUGACAUUUUGCUUGUAUUUACAAAAAUUACGGUUGGAGCGAUGAUUGCAUUUGCAAUGGAAGUGAGUGAAUUCAUGGUCUUAUCACACACAUCGAGCUUGACCUUAUCGAUAAGUGGAAUAUUCAAGGAUAUCUUCCAACUUGUUCUUGCCGUGGAAGUUUUAGGUGAUCAGUUGAGUCCCAUCAAUAUAAUGGGCUUGGUACUAUGCCUAUGUGGUAUUUGUUGCCACGUUGCUCACAAAUAUACCACCUACAUUCGAAUGAAGAGUGAAGAGGUGUUCAUAGUAAACAACGAUUCCAUGUCGAAUAACAUUUCGACCAACGUAAAAUUUCGCAAUAAUACUGCUCAAAGCAUUCCACUUUUAGAUUCAAAUGAUCUGAACAAUUCCGAUUCGGAAGGUUCACACAAUAGUGAUAAUCAAAAUGCAUCUGAUGUAAUUUUCGAUAUUUUAAAACGUCGCGAUGCAAGUCGUAGGUAGUUAAUUCAUUUUAAAUAUUUCAUAAGAGCUUUAACAACAUCCAUAACUGAUCCUUGUAACUAUCGUCGAGUAUAACUGCAAGAAGCAAUGUCUGUAUCACCUAAGGAGAGAUGGUUAGGAGUUUUUGACCUACAUACCUAGGAAGGGAAAAUUUUUUUAUAGUCUGAACUAAGAGGGUAUUUAAUACUGUGAUGAAUAAGAACUAUUCCAUUUGUGUCAGUAUUGUGCCAUCUUGUAAAAAUAUUGGCUAAUCGAGAACGAAAGUUACUUUAACGCAUUGCAAAAAGUUUCUAUUGACAGGGUCAGAAAAUUGGCUUUUCCAUUAAAACUGGAACAGAAUUCUUAGAGAAAAGCAACGAAAUCCAAUUGGUUAUCUAGAUACUACGUCUUUGAAUGAGACUGUUCGGUUCAUGCAUACGUGGAGGAAAAAAUCCCACCUGCAUUGAAAUUUUAGAAGUAUUUUGUGAAUAAUUGUUUGAAUGUUCAAAUUGAUUGGCAUGUACUGUGCAUAUUUCGGAGACAAGCUUCUUUCGAAUUGAUGCAAAUUAUUUUGGACACAGUUUGUAUCAUUUCAAAAAGUUUAUGGAUCAACUAUGAUAAAAAAUAUCGAUGGUCAUAGAAAAAGGGCCAAUUCAGUCGCGCUACUUUAAGCUAUGACGCGCUCCAAAUAGCGCAACACUUUCAGGCACGACUGUUUUUGGCGCACCUAGAUUUCACCGACUUAUUGAAAAUAGUUGAUUGCAAUACCUAAAAUAUUAGUUAAAUAUAAAAUGAAUACAUAUUCCAUAUAAACUUUUAUAAAAUCAUAGUUUUUAUCUCACCUUUUUCCUACACUUUUCAUUAUUCGAACGAGGCAUAGUUUAAAAUAAAUAUUUGAAGCACUCUUUGUUCCGAAUAUUUAUUGCAAGCAAAUAUUAUGCAAUCCAGUGAGUAAGUUAAGGGAAUUUCAAAUGUCUUCGGUUCAUAAAUUAAUAUAUAUUUAUAUAAUUUACUUCCUGCAAAUUGCACUUUUUCGAGACAAAAGAGAUUAUUAUUGCAUUAGAUUUAGAAUAAAUUGAAAAGUUUUGCAAAUGUUUAAAGUAUGAAAUAUUAUUCUGUAUAUACAAAUAACUUAACGAUAUUAAACGAUACAUGGUCAUCUAACUGCCGACGGUUUCGCGUGGAUAAACGUUUAGUAUAGCCCAUAUUCCACACUUUUUAUGGAUGAGUGAAGGUUUUAACUCCAAAAUUCGCGAUGUACCGAAACGAGCUUUACAAUUUAUUUUAAGAAAUCCCUUUCUGAAGAAUCAAUGCAUUUUACAAUCAUUCCAAUCAAAUUGAUACCAACAUUAUUGGAAUACGCUCCCCUAUUCUCCAACAUAGUAAUUCCUUCGAGUUAAUUGAGCAAGUCAGGAGCCUACAAUCCAAACGUACUGCUUUCUACGCAUUUAUUAUUAGAUGAUGAGAGUAUUUUACUACUAGAAUUUUCACUUUAUGAAUAUACACUAGUUUGGAUCCUUAUUGCAGACCUAUAUACGUGUAAAUAAAUCAAUUGUAUAUACACCGAUGUAAUCAUCUCCUUUUAAAGAAAAUUGUCCCAUAAAUAAUGUAAAUGGACGACUGAUUGCCCUUUCGUAUCCAACUUAAGAACGUAUGAUUGAUUAUGAAAUCUAUGAAAUUUUAAGAUUAAGUCACGAUGCACUAUUGAGCACGUAGUCUAAUGAGAAAAAAUAUGCCCAGUUUCCUAUACAACAAUUACGUUAUUAAUUUAAACUUUUUAUAUUUUUAAUGGAUGUACAAAAUUUCGAUGAUGUGAGUUGAUAAUUGUUUAUGUAUUUAUGAAUAAUCACCUGAAUGUUAUGUUUGCCAUUGGUGAAAUAUUAAGUCAAUAUAGAUGAUAAAAUUCGAAA